AUGUCUUUUUUCGGCUUCGAUGCCAGCCGCCAUAACCCCGCGGCCACUGGCUUCUCGCAAGCCCACAACCCUUUUGCCGGGCUGUCGAACCGCGAGGACGAAGGCGAUGCGCUAGAGUUUGAGGACACGUACGAUGGGCUUGGUGACCAUCUGGAAGAGACAGGCGAUGCUUUCAAUGAUGAUACAUUCGGUGACACGGCCGGCCUUGAUACCGGGCCGGUGGGCAAGGAUUUCGACUUUUUCAAUACUACCGCCAAGGUCGCCGAUGCCAUCGAAGAAGAGCAUGUUCGUUUCACCCGACAGCAACCUGCUGCAAGAGCCCCGCAGCCAGCAACGCAAACCCCGGCAUACGCCGCCCCUCAGCAAGCUGCUGCCGGUCCCGCCGAGCCGGUCGCUGAGCUCCAGGUUGACGCCGCUCUUUGGGGCGUUGCGCCGAAGAAACAGCCCCAGCCUCAGACGGUUCCCGCUGCCUCUCCGGCCCCCGCACCCGCAGCGGCCCCGAGCCGAAAGGUGCUAAGCCUGGAAGAGGUUGAGGCCCAAAUGCGAGCCCAAGUCAAAAAGGCUACGCAAGCCACGCCAUCCUCGGCGCCUCCGGCGGCUGCCAUUCCGGCUAGUUCUCAGGCGCAAGUCCCGCCGAUGCACUAUGAUCAAGCCUACCAGUUUCAGCAACAUGGUCAGCAUCAACCCCCCUCGCAAGCCGACCAUGCGCAGAAGGAUCAAGCCGCUGCUCAUGGACAUGGACAUCAUGUGACCAUUUUGCAGAGGCCCGGUUCCAAGCAAGCUCCUUCUCCGCAGCCUCCCACCCAGCCCGCAGCUCAUCUACGCCAGCAGCCGUCAGCUUCGAUGCAGCCGACGCAGAUUCUGCAAAACCCUAACCGCCUCUCCGGAGAUGCUGCCAGACUCGGAAUGCGCCAACAUCCUACCCCGACAAUGCCAGCGAGUUACCCGGCUCACCCCGCCCAUAGACAGCAAGGCUCGCUUUCGCGCCAACCGCAAAUUAUCACUCAUCCGUCCCAGUUGGCUCAGCUCAACGAGGAAGAGAAGGCGGCCUACUUGGAGCAGGAGGCGAAGAGAGCUAAACGCAAUCACAAGAUAUUCCUCAUGUCCCGCGACAAUGGUAUGAUGACACCGCAAGACAAGAGCUUCGUCACUCGGAUUCAGCUUCAACAGCUUGUCGCCGCCACCGGCAACCCGAAUGAUCACGGCACCGACGAGUCUCUGACCGAGGACUUUUACUACCAGGUCCACAGCCAAAUUCAGGGCAGCCAGCGCCAGCAUCCCAACCAGCCGCUCAACAACUUUGCGCAGACUUAUCUUUUUCCAGACUGGGAGCCGCCAGGGUGGCAUGCGUCGUCACCAACGCGGGCCCGAGAACCACAUGCAGCGCAUGGAACAGCAAACAACGACCGAAACAUGCCGCCACCUCCUACAAAUGAUGCCGAUACUGAGGCUAUCCAGAAAUUUGUUACCUGGAAUAGUGAAGCGCAAAUUCUCAACAGCAAGCUCUGGGACUGCCUCCGGAUCCAUGAUCAUCCGGACAACGGUCGUGUUCAUCCCUUCAUUGCUCUCCUUUCAUACACCAAGGGCAUGAAGGCAAUGCAACGUAUUUCCCGCCACCUUACCCAUGAGCAGCGCACGACGAUCCUCACGCUUAUCCUCGUGAACCUUGACAACCUCGAGGUUGUGCGCAAUGCUCAGGUGACGCCUGAGGCGAUGCAGUUGAACGCUGCCAUGCGUGAGAACGUGGAGCUCUUCUCCGUUUCCGUCAUGUCGACCCUGUUCACCAUCUUGAACGAACUCGACGUGGACCUUGUUGCCGGCAUGCUCGGCCUUGUCUGCACCCGCAACGUCGAUGUGAUUUCCAAGAGCAGAAUUGGCGCUUCCAUGCUCACUAUGAUCUUGAGCCGCGCCGAGAUUAUCAAGCACGGUGGAGGUGGUAAUGAACAGGCCUGGCGGUCGUGGGAUGCUACUCACACGCAAUUCUUCGACCUAAUCGAACCCUCACUUCCUCACACUUUCCCCGGUCCCGUUACCGCGGGCGACGACAUCUACGUCUGGCAGCUCCUAGCCGCGCUCGGAAUUGGCGCCAGCCCUGACCAGCAACAGAGGCUGGUCUUGGCUGUCAAGGACCGUGUGAUGGAUACCGUCGCGCUUUCCAACACACUUCCUCAGGACUUGGCCGCCCAGCGUCUCCAAAACGUCAACCUCUUCAUGCGCUCAAUCGGCCUGGAUGUUGAGCUGCUUCAGUAA